CGCCCGGGGGACGCCAGAGCCGGGCAGGAGCCGCCGCGGGAGGGAGCGGGCGGCCGGUGCCGGGGCAGCGCCAUGGCCGAGCGAUACGACGUGGUCGUGGUCGGGGGCGGCAUCUCAGGUCUUUCAGCUGCCAAACUGCUGACUGAGUCAGGCUUGAAUGUGGUGUUGCUGGAAGCCAAUGACAGGGUUGGUGGAAGAACUUUCACUGUAAGGAAUAAGCAAGUUAAAUAUGUGGACCUUGGAGGAGCUUACGUGGGGCCAACACAAAAUCGUCUCCUGCGGUUAUCUAAAGAGUUAGGAAUAGAGACGUAUAAAGUGAAUGAAGUUGAGCACCUGAUACACCAUGUCAAGGGUAAAUCUUACCCCUUUAAAGGUCCAUUCCCUCCUAUGUGGAAUCUGUUGGCCUACCUGGACUACAACAACCUAUGGAGGACCAUGGAUGAAAUGGGAAAGGAGAUUCCCAGUGAAGCCCCAUGGAAGGCUCCACAUGCAGAAGAAUGGGACAAAAUGACUAUGCAAGAUUUCAUAGAUAAAAUUUGCUGGACAAAUGCUGCCAAGAGUUUCGCAACUCUGUUUGUGAAUGUGGAUGUCACUUCUGAACCCCACGAGGUCUCUGCCCUUUGGUUUUUGUGGUACGUGAAGCAGUGUGGGGGGACAACAAGGAUAUUCUCAACAACAAAUGGAGGACAGGAGAGGAAGUUUGUUGGGGGCUCUGGCCAGAUCAGUGAGAAAAUAAUGGAGCGCCUGGGAGGCCGGGUGAAGCUGAGGAAGCCAGUUGUCCGCAUCGACCAGUUGGGUGAAAGUGUCAUAGUGGAAACCUUAGAUCAUGAAUUAUAUGAGGGCAAAUAUGUGAUCAGUGCCAUUCCCCCAGCUCUUGGUUUGAAGAUUCAUUUCAACCCACCUUUGCCCCCAAUGAGAAACCAGCUCAUCAACCGAAUCCCCAUGGGCUCAGUCAUCAAGUGCAUUGUAUACUAUAAGGAAACUUUCUGGAGGAAGAAGGGGUAUUGUGGUACCAUGAUCAUUGAAGAUGAGGAUGCUGCAAUUGGUUUAACACUUGAUGAUACUAAGCCUGAUGGAAGCUUUCCUGCCAUAAUAGGCUUCAUUCUUGCUCGGAAGUGUAGAAGACUGACAGGUCUCACAAAAGAAGAAAGGAAGACAAGGCUGUGUGAGCUCUAUGCAAAGGUUCUGGGAUCAGAGGAAGCUUUACAUCCAGUGCAUUAUGAAGAGAAGAACUGGUGUGAAGAGCAGUAUUCUGGGGGCUGCUACACAGCCUACUUCCCACCAGGCAUAAUGACUCAGUAUGGAAGGAUUAUUCGGCAGCCCAUUGGCAGGAUCUAUUUUGCUGGCACAGAGACAGCCACAGAGUGGAGCGGAUACAUGGAGGGGGCUGUACAGGCUGGAGAGAGAGCAGCCAGAGAGAUACUGUUUGCUAUGAGGAAAAUCCCAGACAGUGAAAUUUGGAAGCCAGAACCUGAAUCAAUUGAUGUUCCAGCUUUGCCCAUCACUACAACCUUCUGGGAGAGGAACUUGCCGUCUGUGCCAGGACUGCUAAAGCUGAUUGGAUUGUCCGCUUUCUUCACCUCGGUGGCUGCGGCUGGGUUAUUUGCCUACAGAAAGGGACUUCUAGUUCGAAACUGAAAAAGACUGCCAAAGCAUUAGGAAUGCUCUCUUUGUCUUUACAGCUGUGUCUUGCUACGAUUACGCUGUGGAGCUGAUCACCACUAUGGGAUUAAAAAGAAGGAUUUGCUGCUGUUUUCUCAACAUCUUCCACGUAAAAGGAAUAUGUGGCACUUCGGGUAUUUGGAUGCCAGUGUGAUGAGAAAAUUGACAAAUGUAGGUAGAGAAUCAAGUUGCUUCCCCAUGGGUAAAGGGAACUGUUCACACUGGCUUACAUUUUUAAAAUUCCUUCGUGCCAACCCUUCAAAGAGAGGAAUGAAGUCUGGUUUUAACGGGUAACCAGUUGUGCUAUAUUCUUAAUUUAUUAACGUGAUGAGAAAUCUGCUAUCAUGAAAGUUCCAGCAGUUUACGAGCUUUGUAAAAUGUAUUAUAGGAACAACCAUGGAACUAACUGUAUUUGUCUCUUAUGAACUGAUUUGUGUUAUCAUGCAUAUUUUGUAAGGCUCUUAAGAGUUUGCAAAAAAAAAAAAAGAGGUUUACUUGCUUGUACACUGUUAUGAUAGCAACUGUAUAUUGCAAAGGAUGUCGGGUCAGGGCAUGAAAAUCUUGUGUUAACCAAAGUACUUGAAAGCUAAUUGUAUAAACUCCUUGACAAUAACAAGGAAGUGAGCAAUCUGAGGCAGCCCCUUGUCUUUCCUUUACCCAGUCCAUUUUUUUUUCUCAGUGCAGACUUGAUUCCACAUAGCACAUCUGCUGUCAAUACAACAAAGACAUUAAUCACAAUUAAGUAUAUGUCUGAGCAUUGUCCAUCACUGGAACCCAGGGCCUGGAGGAGAAGCUAGGGACUUCUAUUACAAUAAUCUUCAUGUAUCCUCAGUGGGACUAUUGUUUCACUGAGGUAGACUUCACAGAAGUGCAGAUGACAACAGGUCUGCUACUGCUCUCAGGCAAGAAGCAAACCCACUUAAAUUGCAGAUUACAAAUGCUGACAAAUAAACCUGACCUGUGUUUAAAUGGACUAACUUGCCCUCUCCCAUCUCCACCACCUUAAGAUCACCUUGAUCUUACAAUCUGUUCUUCAAUAGAGGUAAAAAUGAGAUGGCCAAAGCAGGCUUGCUUCAAAGUAUCUCUACAGUCAAAUCAUUUAGGCGUUGUCAUAGACUGCUGCUUAUAGCGUGUCUCCUGUGGUCAUGUACAGGUCAGUGUUCAGUGAUGCCUGCCUCUGUGUUUUGGAAAAAAAAGAGUGACUUCACUUUGCAGGAAUAUAUAUGCUGUGUGUGUGAUGAAUUUGUGCCUUUUAUAACUGUAGCAUUUUCUCAAGUGCCUCUGUGGUGACUGUCUCCCUUGGUUUCCUUCUUAAGUUCCCUUUUCAAUAGGCUCUGCAGAUAUUUUUAUCUGACAGCUGUGAACUUUUUUUAACCUUAAUUAGAAUCAAUAAAUAUUGUCAUGUCACA